CUCUGCUUCUUCUUCCCCCUUCCCUGCUUCGCUGCUUUGGCCUAUAAAAACAACCAACCAAUCCACCGCUCCAUCCGUUCCGCGACCCGCGCCGCACGAACGCAAGACAACGAGCGCCAACGAAAGCAAGGAGAAGAGCAGAAACGCGAGCGAGUCGGGGAGAGAGAGAGAGAGAGAGAGAGAGAGAGAGAGAGAGAGAGAGAGAGAGAGAGAGAGAGAGAGAGAGAGAGAGAAGGGACGAGGGAGGCGACCAUGGAGGUGGAGGCGGCCGUGGAGGGGUGGACAUCGCGGCGGAUGCACCGGAACGGUGGCUUCUGGUUGAGAGCGGAGAUCGAGGUGGACCGGGGUUCCUCCAUUCCCAGGGGCCCGGGGUUCGGCUUCGCCGCCGCCGUGCGAGAGCCGCUGGUGAAGCUGCGGCGACCGGAGCACGACUUCGAGAGGUGGGACUGGGACUACUUCGUCUGGCCCCAUGACCGGCUCGACGCCAAUCUUGAGAUGAGGGACAGUGAUCCAGAGGCGACACUUGAAGCAGAUCGGAAGGCGAGCGAGAGUUUCCUGAACAAGAUCGCACUACAGCUGGAGAGCUAUGAGAUGUACCAGCACCUGCUGCAGCAGCACGCUUCAGCGUGGCCUUGCAACCGGCUCAAAACUAAUCUGGAGAUGAGGGACAUUAGCAUAAAGGCGACACUGCAGCCGGAAAGCGAGGAGAUGUACCAGCACACGCAGGAGCAGCAUACUGCAGCCUUGCCUCGCGACCAUCUCAUGGCCAAUCUGGAGAUGAGGAACACCGACGCGGAGGCGAAGCUUCAGACUGAUCGGAAGGCAAAGGAGCGAAGCACGCGGCGGCUGAAGAGGUCCGAGAUGGAUCGGCGCACGCAGGAGCAGCACAAGGAGAAGGAGAACCAACAGACCGAGCUGUUCCGGACACCCACGCCGGUGAACAAGAAGGCCGUAGGACCCAGAUCGGCACGGCGUCGCCGUGUUUUCGCAGAAGCUAACCUUAGCCCGGACGAUGACAGCGCAAGGCAGAGGCAGGUUCCUUGGGCUUGUUAGUCGGACUUUCUCAUGUGCCAUCUGGUUGCUCCGAUGGCUUGAGCUGCAUGCAUUGCAAGUCUGAUACGACACAGCCUGAGAUGUGGGUUGGUUUUCAGCUGGAGCUCGUUAACUGUCAGGAGUGGACCCUGAAUUUUUUUUUUAGCUCAGGCUCUGUUUAGUUCGUUUUACAUGUAAACGCAAAAUUUUUUUGUGUGAGAAUCUUGCCAAUUUGAAGUACUAAAUAAAGUCUAUUUAUAAAAA